AAAGGGCAGCGGGUCAAAGGGCAGGGGCGGCUCCGGGGGGGGGUCGGGAACCGAGAAGGGUGCUGGUGUCGGGGCCAGGCCGCGGGAGAGGCCUGAGGCCUCCGGGGGGUCCCUGAGGGCCCGGGGCGGGCUGUUCCCCCCCCCGGCCCCGCCACCUGAGGCUCCGCUGCGGCUCCCGCCGAGGAGGGAAGCCGCUGACCUUCCCCGCAGGGCAUGAGCGGCGGCGCCGGGGCCUCGGAGCGGCCUGAGGAGCGGCAGCGGUUCCACCUGCCCGGCAAGUCCGUCCCCAUCUCUGCUCUGAGACAAAAUGGUCUCCUGCAGGCUCUCGUGCAGGGAGAGGGGCAGCCCAUGGGCGCUGCAGAGAUCAGCGAGGAGCUGCGGCGAGCCCAGGAGGAAUGGGAGGCUGUGGAAGAGAUCCAGUCAGGGCUGGGGGGGACGUCGGCCAGUGCUGCGCCCGUGAUCUCCUUCAAUGAAGCGCUGCAGCACUUCCAGACAGCCGACCUCUCCGAGUGCCGGAAGAAGGUCCGGGCGAUGGCACGCAGGCAGGGCCUAGCUGCUCUGGUUCACUUCUUCUUUGGCCCUCCCCGGCUCCAGCCGCAGCUGCAGGGAGAGCGGGAGCUGGCUCUGGCCAUGGCACACUGUGGUUUGGAUAAUAAUGAGAGAGUGCACAUGAGAAUCCUGCAGACCAUUUACAAGAAGCUGACCCACUCCAGGUUGGGCUGCCCGCGCUACGGGGCGCACUGGGAAGAGCUUGGCUUUCAAGGUGUGGAUCCCGGCACUGACCUGCGUGGGACGGGGAUGCUGGGCUUGAUGCAGUUGCUGUAUUUCGUCAUGGACCCUCAGACUCUGCCUCUGGCUCAAGAGAUUUUCAAACUAUCCCAGCACGAAACCCAGAAUUUCCCCUUCUGCAUCAUGUCCGUGAACAUCACCCGCAUCGUCAUCCAGGCCCUGAGGGAGGAACGUCUCUCCAGGGAGUGCAACCGCCGGCAGCAGGUUAUCGCCGUGCUGAACGACCUGCACGCAGCCGCCUUCCUGCAGCUCUACCGUGUCUGGAAACGGCAGCACAAGACCGUCACCGACUCUGGCUUCCUCCUGAAGGAGCUGGAGUUAUCCGCCAAAAAGAAACCGAGGCAGCUCCUGAAAUCCCUGGAGGCCUACGUGAGCCGAAGCCCCGCGGCGGGCGGCUUUCAGCGACUGUCCUCCCCCUCGGCCUCCGGCGGCGGCAGCCGGCCCGGCGAGGAGAUCGAGUUCACGGGCGUCUGCGACCUGCGGGUCGAGCUGGAAGGAGAAGCCCGACUGAUCUGAAAUGGUGGGAGAGGUGCCGCAGGGAGCCCGGCUCUUGGAGGGUGCCCGGCUGCUGCCGUCGCCUCUGGUUCGGGGUGGGGGGGGGCUCGGGAAGGGCCGUGCGGGUCGAGGUGGGAGACGGCGGAGCAGUGGGAGGAAGCGCAGUGAGAGAAGGGCCUGGGACCCAGCUGAGGGCAGUCAGGAGCCUGGGACGCCACAGGGGGUAGAUUUUUGCCCCGAACCCCCAGAAAGAGCAGCCGGUUCCUUCCCCCUCUCACCCCACAAGCGUCCUGGCUGCCGUGUCAGCAUCACCGGGUGCUGCGGGGGACGAGCCGCAGGAUUCAAGCCUCCCCAGGCAGAAUUCUUCCAAAGCAAAGGGGGAAAACGUGGCAGAGCGGGUGGAUUUUACGAGCCGCCAGCCCUGGGGGCUGGGGUGGUCCAGCUGGCUGUCUCAAAUUCGUGCUCCUGUCUGUCUUUACCCCCACCAGGAAGGUUUAGCGACGCUCCAGGCAGAGCUGGAGCACGGUGACAGAGCUCCUGAAUCGAAUCACAGCUCUGGCAGCACCGGGGAGGGUUUAACCCCCCACACACACACACUUUGAGCUGCAGCACCUUAAUUUCACGUUGACGGUGGGGUAGGAGCUCGAGCACAGCCCCGUUGCUGGGGCAGUGGGGACAGCUUGUCCCCCAGGGUUUGGGGAGCCCCCCUGACCUCCCUGGGGCGUUACUGUGCAUGGCAGCAUCGAAAUAAGUUAAUGAGGGGAAAAAAAAGUUUUCCUUGAUGUAAUGGAGACUUUUGGACUUGGGUUUGCUUCUAGUUUCUGCCACGGGGAGAGGACAGCUCCAGAGAGCAGGGAGGGGCGAAGCGGGGUCUGCCUGGUGCCUUGGAGCCAAAUUUGGGGUUCGGUGGCAGAAAAGCUGCUCUGGAGGAAAGAAAUCCGGGUCAGAUUCUGUCCUGUGGUGAGACAGUGCCCAGAGCACUGAAAGGGGGGGAAGAAAAAUCCCUCCCAGCCUCCAUGUCUGCAAGGGCAGCUGCUGGCUUUCAGGAAGACCCUGGUGAAGAGGAGAUGAGAGUUUUGCUCACAGGUUCCCGGAGGCCGAGGGGCCGUUUCCCACCACGCUCCCUCCGUGCCUCAGUUUCCCCCUUUCCCAAAUCCGAAUUACAGCCCCGGGGCUGAGCCGGGAGCAGUAACGGCAGCUCCGGGCCUGAUGUGAGCGUCAGCGGGUGCUUGGAAAUGCUCCAAAAGUACCUUCAACCCUCAAAUUGAGGGGAAAAUAAAGCCUAAAAAGCCCAGACCCGGAGCUAAAAGGUCGUUUUGAACAAGAGAAGGGUGGAGCUGGCAGCGCUGUACGGUGCUGCCUAGUGCUGUUACCCUCUGCAAACGUGCUCACCUUCCUGGGGGCAGGGCCCAAAAACGCUGCCCCUGGCCAAAAAAAAAAACCAAAAAAACCAAACAAACAAACAAAGAAACAAAAAAACCCAACAAUAAAUGAGCAAAAAGGAGCUCGGUGCUGGUUUUUAU